CGGCUUUGUGGUCAUCGACCUCCUUGCGCUCCGCCGCCGCCAUGAUCCAGAGCCUCUUCAUCCUCACGUCCACGGGCGAGAUCAUCAUCGAAAAGCACUGGCGGGGCACGACGAACCGCCAUGUGUGCGACUUCUUUGUCGAAGAAGUCAACAAGUACAAGCUGCGCGAGGAGGUGCCUCCAAUCCUCAACACGAGCAAGCACUACUUCAUCAACGUCUACCGUGAAGGCCUCUUCGUCCUCGCCGUCAUCUCGCACGAGAUCAUGCCAUUGAUUGUCAUGGAGCUGCUGCACCGCGUCGUCUCGGUCUUCCGCGACUACUUUGGCACGUUUGACGAGAAUGCGAUCAAGGACAACUUUUCGACUGUCUACCAGCUCCUCGAGGAGAUGAUUGACAACGGCUACCCACUCACAACCGAGCCCAACGCGCUCAAGUCCAUGGUCGCGCCGCCGACGACCGUCAACCGCAUCGCCGCCAUCGUCUCGGGUCGGUCGCGCGUCAGCGAUGUGCUGCCCGACGGCGCCCUCUCCAACAUUCCGUGGCGCAAGGCUGGUGUCAAGUACACGCAGAACGAAAUUUACUUUGACAUUGUCGAAGAGAUUGAUGCCAUCGUUGAUACGCACGGCCAAAUGAUCUCGUGCGAAGUCAACGGCAUCAUCAACGGCCACAGCCGGCUCUCGGGCGUGCCCGACCUCACCAUGGUGUUUGUCGACCCCUCGGUCAUUGACGACUGCUCAUUCCACCCGUGCGUGCGCUACUCGCGCUACGAGCGCGAGCGCGUCGUGUCGUUCGUACCGCCGGACGGGCAGUUUGAGCUCAUGCAAUACCGCGUCCAAGUGCAGCAAAUGGUGCCGCCGAUCUUUUGCCAGCCGCACAUCAAGUGGUCGGACAAGGGUGUUGGGACACUCGAGCUCUCGUUGGGCUCGCGCAACAUGCCGACGCUCGUCUCCAACACGAAAAAGCCGAUUCUCGCGGAAGAGAUUACGGUCGAAGUGACCUUUCCCAAGAGCGUCCGCACGGUCGACACCAACACGGAAGUCGGCAACUGCCUCUACGACGACUCGACCAAGACGAUCAAGUGGAACGUCGGGAAGCUCAACACCAAGAAGAACGUGGCGCCGACGCUCAAGGGCUCGGUGCUAUUGCAGCCUGGCGCGGCGAUCCCAGACGAAAAGCCCAUCGUGCUUCUGGGCUUCAAGGUGCCGUUCACGACAGUGAGUGGGCUCACGGUCGAGACGCUCGUGCUCACCAACGAGUCGUACAAGCCGUACAAGGGGGUGCGUACGCUGACCAAGUCGGGCCGGUUCCAGAUUCGCAUGUAAUGGCGAACGUCGCGCGUCGAUUCGGCACAAUACAUAGAGUGGAUACUGCAUUUCGUUUUGAGCGACUUGUCUGACAGGCGGAUCGUUAGAUUAUCGCAGAUGGUAAUCAAGAGUUA